AUCAUGCAUGCACCACACACUAGACACAUACUAAGAGUGAGAAAAGAUGAGGCUCUUGGCUGUGAUUCUCCUUGCUUUAGUUUGCCUUUCAGGAAUCUCCGCACAACAAUGUGGGAGACAGGCUAGAGGUAAGAGAUGCGCAGGGGGCCUAUGUUGCAGCCAAUAUGGGUACUGCGGCAGUACUAGGCCAUACUGUGGAGUGGGUUGCCAGAGCCAGUGUAGGGGUGGUGCUUCAGCCGUUGAAGCAAAUACAGUCGAUGACAUUAGCACUGUCAUCACCCCUUCCGAUUUCAACCAAAUGCUUUCAAAAUGUGCCAAUCGUGAACUCUUCAAUUACGAUGCUUUCAUCAAUGCCGCUCGCUCUUUCAGCGGCUUUGGCACCACUGGGGACAUGGACACUCGCAAGAAGGAGGUUGCAGCUUUCUUUGCGCAGACCACAGAUGACAAAAAUGCAUGUGUACCCAUCAAACUCGCUCACAACUACAAUUAUGAGGCAGCGGGUAAGGCCAUCGGAGCAGAUCUUGUAAACAAUCCAGAGCUGGUAACCAAAGACCCAACUGCAUCUUUUCAGACGGCUAUCUGGUACUGGAUGACCCCACAAGGUGACAAGCCAUCAAGCCAUGAUCUUACCACCGGCAGCUAAGAAGCCUUCCUGCUGGCGUGGAAAAGUGCUAAGUACUCUUAGCAAGUAUACUAUGUAUACUACCAGUGUCUAGCUACUAAUAAAUAACCGGACGCAAUUUUCCUAUGUACUGGAAAAUUGGUUUUUGUGCAAAAAUAAGAUCUUCUGAUAUAUGAAUGAGAAAAUGCUUUCAGUUUCUUUCCAA